GAAGCAUUCGGACUCUGAGUGCACAAUGAAAUAUGGCUACUGCUGCCGUGUUUAUUAUCAUAUUCGUUAAAGUUUUAAACAAGAGUUUUUAUUAAAAACAAUGGUUGCUUGUGCAGUAAAAGCCUGCAAUAAUUCUUAUCGAAAAACGGUGAGAAUGAAAGGAGAGAAAAUAAAAUUUUUCAGGUUUCCUAAAGACCCUGAAAUUGCUGCAAAGUGGAUCGAAGUGUGCCGUAAAAAUGUAAAUAUAACGCAUGGAAGGAUAUGUUCUACACAUUUUGAGAGAUGGUGUUACGAGAAGUCUGCGCAGCAGAUAGCUUUGAAUUAUUCUCCUGUACGUUCACGAAAGUUAAAAUUAGAUGCAAUCCCUACAUUGCAUUUAUUAGAGGAACUACAAGUGACAGAAAGAUUGGAUGUGCCAAUACCGUCAAUUCAUAUCGAUGAUGCAUCCAAGUCUGCAGCAACACCGGAGGAUAUUGUUCCUGUAGAAUUAAAGGCAACUUCAAAGACAUUAUUGGUGCAAACUGUUGAUACAGAAUCAUCAGUGGCGAUCUCGAAAGGUGUAUCGGAGAAUAUUAUCGUACCAAUACCAUCGAAAUCUGAUACUUCAAUAGACUAUCUUGUGAUAAUAAAGAAUCUGCAACAGCAGUUAGCAAAUAUGCAGAAGACUAUUGUCGAACUCAAGAACGAGAAAAAGUUUAAGAGCCAGUCACAGAAGAAGCAUCAGUUAAAAGAAUCUGCGUUCAACAAUCUUCGCCGAAUCUUUACGCCAGGGCAAAUCCAAAUGAUAAUACAUCCAGAGAAAAAGCGGGUCGUAUGGUCUUCAGAGGAUAUUGCGAGCGCAAUAUCUUUACGAUGCGUUAGCCCGAAGGCAUACCGCUAUUUACGAAAUGUAAUCAAGCUACCACUUCCUGGACUUUCAACACUCCGAAGACACACCACAUUUAUUAAAACUCAUAAAAAAUCAUUUCCUCGACGAUGGAUUCAAAAUGAACGGACAGCUGAUACAUAAGAAGUGUAUUGAGAAACUCUUCGAUUAAUGCUGACGAUCUUAAAAUUGCCUUCAACAUAUAACAAUAUCAUUUGGAUGUGAAGGAAUCGGAGCGAUAAAAGGUUCUUCCCGCUGCACAAUUAUUGUCCAACAAAACGGCUGCUGCAAUUCAAUGAAGUGGACAGAAAGGAUAUCUAGGAGAUAUAAAUUGACAAGAAACAGCAUGUAUCUUUCAUUUAAUCAACGAUUGAUUCGACAUUUUCAAUUCGUCGAAUAUGUACAGCAAGCAUGAAGGUAAAAAUACGUACGGCAUAAAUUUAGAUAAACAAACGGUAGUUUUACACAAGAUAACCGAUAUAAUGCAGAAGAUCCAGAUUGGACGACAUCGUUCACUGCUUUUAUUCCAAAAAGGAAUAAUUGUAAACAAUAUAUUUAUCUUUAGAAAAGCUGUUCAUUUAUUUGAGGGAAACGUAUUCUGAUGAACAGUUGGAAAUAAAAUACAUCAUUACCAGUCGUUUAAAUCAAGAUUUGCUGGAACAUUUCUUUUCCUUCAUAAGAGCUACUGGGGGUGCCUACGAUCAUCCGACGGCACUUGAUUUCAAAUACGGAUUGAAGAGAUACUCGUAGGAAAGCACUCCAGCCAACCUUUUCUGUGGAAGUUCCAACAUCAUUGCAAGUGAGCCAAAUACAACUUGUCUUUCAUUUCCAUUUACCAAUGACAGUUUUUUAAUAAACUUGAGCAGUAUGCUGGAGCCAUUUAUCAUAGAAGAAGAAGAAACAAUUUUUGCUGAAGAGUUAUUCGCAAAUACUGAAGAUCCCAAUGGUAAUGUCGAUGA